CACGCUUACAAAAAAAGGCCAAUCCUGCGUCACACUUAGACCUUAAUGAGACCAACUAUUGGAGGAGGGACGUUUACUAGAUAUGUUAGUUAUACGUCCUUGAUUGGAGACAAAGGAGAAAAAAUGAGUAAAGUAUCUCCAGAAGAAGAAAGAUCAAAGAUUUCUAAACAAGCAAAAUCUGAUAUUACUGAAGAUGGUAAAACAGAAAAUGGAGGUAGAAGUAAACGUAGGAAAAGACCGCGACAAAUGUUCUCACCUGAUGAUGACUCACAGCUCUCAAGACGAAAACAAAAGAAACCGAAACGUUUUCCCUUUUCUUCCACAGCACCAGAUAGACCUUGUGAUAUUCUUCAAGAUGGAACUCCAUUUUGUUGUGAUUUGUGCAAGUCAAGAUAUGUUAUCAACAGAUUCUCAAAGAAGUCUUUGAAGAAUAGGCGUUCCAAGCAUGUUCCAGCACCUAAACAGAAAUAUGAUCCAGUAAAACAGAAAAUGUUACUGUUAUGUAAUGCUUGUGGUCUUACUUUGGAUCGUCCUAAAAAGAGAAAGAACACUAGUUCUGUAUCGAAUGAACAGGAGAGAGAGAAAUACAUUAAAGAGGCAAAAGCAUGGGCAAAACAGUUAGCUGAUCAAUAUGAUCUUCCUAAUGCUAUACAUCUAUAUUGCCCUGUAAUUAAAAGAAAGAAAUGUUCCUGUCUACAGAUAUAUAUUGAGGCUAAUGGACAGGAAGCUGAGAAGCAAAAAAGGGCAUCACAGCUCAGUGCCAUGGCAUCAGAAGCUAGGCGUCUGAGUGCAUUAAAAUGUUAUGAUAGAAAUGAAGCUGAGAGUCUGAGAACACCUGAGAAAGCUUCAGAAAAAAGUCCUGAAAAACAGCAAGACAAUAUCACUGAAAAUAGUUCGGAACAAAACUCAGAUAAUAGUCCAGCAAAAAAGGUCAAGAGGAAUGUUAUCAUUGGACUUGGAAACGGGCACAAAAAGUCAGAGAAAUUUGCUGAAUUUGUAUUAAUGAACAGAGAUUACUUAAAGAGAAAACUUCAGCUGUGUGAACGUGCUACUCAGAAAAUUCUCUGUUACUCCAACAACUUCUUACAUAAAAGAUUAAAAACAGAGGAGAAACGAUUUCGUGCCUUGCCAGUGAAAGGAAAAGCUCGACUUGGACUGCUGCAAUCAUUUGAUGACUUAGCUAAAAAUAGAUGCUGUGUUGACAACUGUGUAAUGAUGGCUUUGACACACAGAACUUUAUUAGAAGAAUGGAGGAGAAGAGCAAUGCAAGGUCAAUUAGAGGCUAGAAGGGUUAUUGCUGAAAUGCUCACACCAACAGCAUGUGCCAGGAAAAAUUGUUAUACAUUUGUGACAGCAGUAACUGGAUGUUCAAGGACAACUAUAGUACAAGUGAACCAACAGAUGGCACAAACCAAUGGGGACAGAGAACCUCCUACUCAUGGACUCAAAAAAUACCACCAUAAAAGUAAAAAGAAAGAGCAAUCUAAAGCUGUGGCGCCACCUAUGGAGACCAUAUCUUCAGACAUACAGACAAAUGUUGUUGAUAGGCAACGGGAGCAGUUGCAGCAAUUGCAAGUUCAACUCCACGAACAACAAAUGCAGCUUCAACAACAGCAAGAACUACAACAACAAUUACUCCAACAAACAUUCUCAUCACAGGGCAAAAGUCACACAGAUAAUGUCAAUCUGCUACAAACGAUCAACAACCAGUUAAAUAUGCAGAUUCAAAAUACACAGAAAAAUCUUCAGCAUACACUUCACAAUAUGGGACUUCUAAUAGGUAUCAAUACUACUGGUAGUCAGGAUAACACAGCAAUCAUACCACAAGACAUACAAAAUAGACCUGGAACCAGUACAAAUAUAAAUCUUAGUAGUGGCAAUAUUAUACUCACACCUGCUCAGGAAUUAGGAAGUCAUAUGAAUGCAGAACAAUCAAGAGUGAAAAGUAAUGUUCAGAACCCAAGCAAGAUAUUGAAAUCAUUGGUUGGGACAAAUUUGACUCAAGUUCAGACAGUUAUUGAGACAAAUUCAAACAAUGCACAGAGUUCACAGGUCAUGUUCUCAACAGCAGGUUUUUCUUAUGUUCCUCAAAAUAACAUUUCUCAUCAAUCUCAGCAAAUUAUAAUUCAAAAUCCACAACAAGUAAUCCAAGCUCCACAAAACAUAGUCCAUACUUCACAGCCAAUGAUCCAAACACAACAGCCAAUGAGGCCACAGCAAAUAGUUCUUACUCAGCCAAACUAUCAGUUUGGACAAAUGUCGUCACAACAAGAUGAAAAUGUUAUAACAAUCCAGCCCAAUACAGUUAUAUCAACACAAGACCAAGGGGAGAUAAUAAUGAACCCAAUUUUAGAUAAUGGUGGAAACAGGAUAUACAAUUUUACAUUACCAAUCCAAGGGGCAGGCAAUCAGCAAAUAAUUUCUCUGGAAAACAUGCCUGCUGGUAAAGUAUCAGAAGUUUUAUCAAAUGCUGAGGUUGUAGAAAUGAGUUUUCCUAGUUUUCUUGAGAGUGCUAAAAAUUAUAGACAAGUUCAGACUGGUUCAACAUUUGUGACAGAGAUUAAUAGAGAUAAGCCAUUACAGUCAAAAAAAAUUGUUAAAUCAAAUGUGAGAGGAAAACCUCAAACUGGUAAGACGUCUCAUACACAGAAUUCUUCUUCAUCAAAAACAGCACAAACACAGAUUUAUACAAAUACACAAGUUAAUACAAAUCUAUCUGAUCGAGAGUUAUCUCCACCUAACAUGACUUUAUUUACCAAUAAUGGUGAAACAUCCAAUGAGAUGCCUUGUAUACCAGAUAUUGUUUUGAAAGAAUUUGCAAGAGCUUCACAGGUAACUAAUGUCAACAAUCCUACAAUUUAUACUGCUGCCCCAUUGGUCAAUCAGGUUAGAGCAGAUAAGAAUAUAAGCCAAUCAGUAAACAGAAAUCCUUUUAUAAGCGGAAACAUACCAGCUGAAGUCCUGAGUAUUGGACAAACUGAUGACUUAUCCAUAGAAUGUGUGAACAAUCCGUCAGGGAGGAUAACUGAUCAAUUAUCUGUCAAACCAGUCUCCAAAUCUACCCAAUCACAAAGAAGUCGAAAUAGUAAGAGAAAUUCAUCACAAAAUGUUAGUGUAACUCAGACAGUGUCACAAUGUCAUAAUCCAACAAUUCAUCACAUGGUCAGUAGUACAAAAACUAAAAUAGCAACGAAAAAUAAAGGACAUUUUGUAAGUCAAAAUCAAGUAUCAGUUCCAACAUCAACAUUAACAUCUGAAUACAUGAACUUCUCUCUCCCCUUAAGUGAUGUUAUUACAAUGUAUUCAAACCAAACUGUAGGACAAAAAGUGUCCAAUACUAAUGAACAUCAACAACUUCAGCUUACACUACAGAUCAAUCCAGUAUCGAGGUCCAGUGGCGAUAAUGCAUAUGGAACCAACACGGUGGAUUUGGGAUCACUAUUAAUUAUGGACCAAGAUAAUGGAUCACAAGCAAGUGAACCUCCCAAAACUCACAUCAACAAAAAAAUGUCAGGGAAGACAGAAAGUAUAUAUAAAAGUCAGAGGUCCCGACAGGACAGCCAAUCACUUGUGAUAGAUGAGGAUAUAUCCACCGAAGGCAACAUGACAGAUACAGAUGAAGAAGUACAAGAUAUUUUAAAAACAUCAGACAAAUCAUCAAGAACAGCAGGAAAUAGUCAAACUACAAUAGAGCAACCAGUAACCCUAGCUCAAAGAACUGGUACACUUCCUUUUCAACCAAUGGAAAGAUCAGAUACCAUGAUUAUUGACCAAUCAGUGGAAAGGUCUGAUACAGUAAUUAUUAACCAAUCAGUAGAUAGAUCUGAUACUUUAAUACUUCAGCAAUCAGAAACAAUAAGCUCUUAUGAAGAUAUUCAUAGAUCAGAUACUUUAAAACUUCAAGAAGAUCUAGAUCAACUGCCAACAAUUCACAUUCCUUUCGGAAUGAGAAAAGGAAGGAAAAGAGCCAAUGGAAAGAAACGUGUUAAUAAAAAGAAACAGAUUUUACAGGGUAACCAGACUACAUCAGUAUCGAGUCAACCUAGUGAUUGUAAACAGACAGUGAAUACUACUGACCAGGUUAUCUUGACUGGGGGCAAUAAUCAGCAUUGUCAGGCUUGGUUGCAAAAAAUUAUCAAUGAAGGGAAGAAAAAUUAAAAAUGUUUAAUAAAGAAAAUAAAGAAA